CUAUUUUGAUCAAAACAAUUUCAACUCUCAACGAAAAACGUUCGAAAAGUGAAGCACCUUUUUUUAUUUUUUAUUUCGGUGCGAAGCCAUUCAAGUUCACAUUGUUUGGCUGGAAUUUAUUUUUGUUUAAAGUAAGAAUCACGUAGUGAAUCCAAUAGGAUUCUUUCUAUCGAAAUUUAGGAGUCAACUACAUGUCAAAGGAGAACAAUUAAUUAGUUUUAAAAGUGAAAGAAGUUGAAUUAAAAUGUUAUCUUCAUAUUCAUUCAUGACAAAGUUCCUAUUUGUGUUUUCACUAUCACAAUUGUAUCACAAAGUUUCUUCGAAUUGUCUUUUUCCACCUGAGUUCGAGGGACGAUACAUAAUACAAAACGCGUUAGUCAACAGUGAUGUUAUUCAAUACAGCACCAUCAACAUUACCGCUGAUUAUAUUUACCCUUAUGGGCAGUGCUUCUCUAGAAACGAGAGCAAUGUUAUUGUAAUGCUUGGCUCGGAAGAAAGUGCGUGCUAUCGAUGCUUCAGUCUUCGAAUGGUGUCUAGAAAUGUCAUCCUUUUAAUUCAUAAUGAGAUUGACAUUAAUUCCAAAUGUUCAUCAUCAGCUGACAUUGUGAAAUGUCCCGAAGAAGUUAAAUUGAAUGACGAACAACAUUACACACAAGAUUUUCAUUCCAUCAUUCUAUACAGAACAUCAGAACGAGAUGGGCCGCGUCGGAAUGAGUUUUGUCCGUUCGAUUUUUUUGAUGGCGACAUAAAAUUUGAUUAUUAUUUGAACGAGAAGAAACUUUGUAACGGAUUACAGUCAACAUUAUCGCAAUGUCCGUCUGGAUCAUCAUUAAACAUUCGUUUUAAAGGUUGCGAAGAUCAUUCAUUGAAUAUAGCGAAUUAUGAGUGCAUUGGACAUUGGAAUGCAUUAAAUAAACAUUAUUUGGCGUUUAUAGACUGGAUAAAUGGAACUGAACCGAGAUAUAAAUGCAGUACAUAUUACUAUGAGAACGAUGAGAAAACGAAGAUCACAUUAACAAUAAACAAUGAUUGCAGUUCACUUUCAACUAGAACUGAACUUUCUCGGAAUAACAACAACCAACAAAUAUUUAAAAUUGAAAUGAAAAAAGAAAAUCACAAAUUUCUUUCGGAAACUGAUUUUCCUGUUUGGCUUCAUGGACAGUGGCAGUUCUUGAAUGUGUUAAAGAAUGAACUCGUCUUUCGAGACCAAAGUUCAUUUAAAUCUUACAGCAUGACACUUAUGAAUCAAUUGAGCAAGGAAAAGUUCAUCGUUUUGAGUCGGUCGCAAUGCGGAGAAGAAAGCUUUAAAUGUUUAUGGAUCAGAAAGUUGGAUGAAAAUAUUUUGGAGUUUCAAGUAAGCUCUGAAUCUUCGAAGAAACUCACAAGUGACAUUCUUUGUAAUGACGAAUUCUUCGAUAAUUCCCGAUGGAUAACGCAAUCAAGGACGGGAAAAGAUGUCGUGAAGACGUCAUGUCCAAUUGAAGGAGAAUAUUUCGGACAACUCCCCGAUGCUUUAUCGUUUUGUGCAGUUAUGAAGUCGAAUUGCAACUCACCCGAUAUUAUGUACUUCCAAAUUGGCAUCUGUGACACUGAUGAGAUCUUUGAGAAGCGUGUUUAUCAAUGUUUAGGUCAAUGGACAACUCAAUCGCAUGAUAAGAAAAACUCGACGGUUUACACUUUAACUAAGCGAAUUGAUGAAGUUGUGAACACGUAUGAAUGUUUUGUCGGAAUAAUGGCUGGAGAAAAACAAUUUAUCAUCCGAGAAGCAGGAGAAAAUUGCUACAAGAUGUUAGAUCCGUACGAUUAUGGAAUGCUAAUGAAUCAAACAGCUCCGUGUCAGUAUGAGAAUCAGCCUGAAGAUAGAAUAAUUGUUAAACCAACACAAGAUGAUUCUUCAAUCACUUACGAAACAGUUUAUGAUGGUAAUAACAACAACAUAGAUUUCAACACCGUUGCGACAACGAAAAAAACAGAAAUUACCACUCGGAAGCAUAAAAACAAUCACGAUGAUGCGAACAGCAUAGAAAAUGACAUGGAUUAUCAACCAACACACAUAACAUCGUCUGCAGCUGAGAGAAUGAUUCAUUCUUGUGGAUUGCUUUUAAUGAUUUGGAAUUUACAGAACUCAAUAAUUGUCAGAAAUAUUUUAUGAGCUCGUCAUAAAGAUGACAAUAUAAAAUUAUUAACGUUUAAUAAUGCUCUUAAUGAAUUAAGAUCGUUUGGAAGGAUAUAAGCUGUGAACAAACAUUAUUUUUUACUGUUUCAAAGACUUUUUAAUAAUCAAUUCUGACAACAACAAAAAUACCAAAUUAAAUGUCAAACCAAAUGAUGAAUAAGAAUUUACAAUUUGGAAAUAAAGAUAGAAAGAAAA